AUGGCAGCGGCAACUAAUGCGGACGCAGUCGCAACGUCUGCAGCUAGCUUCGCGUGCGCAACGUCUAUACCGGCGGCUUCUUGCUCAACAGAUCCAGGAGUUUCCUCCGAAGUGCUGACUACGAUGAGAAUCGCCUUAGAUAAAUCGGCUGACUCGGACGAAGAGGAGGUGACGACUGCUGAGUUCGCAGUGGACCUAGCCGACGGCCAGACGUGGGCCAUUAACUUCUACGAGUGCGCGGCUGAGGGCGACCUUGAGUGUCUUGAAGAGAUUUUGGACAGCGGUCGCGUGGGCGUCAACGAUGUGGACGUGGACGGAUUUACGGCUCUUAUGGUCGCAGCGGCCGAAGGCCACCGCGACGUGGUGCGCGCGCUGCUACGACGCGGCGCCGACGUUGGCGUUCGCACUCACGAAUUGCGCUCUACCGCUCUACAUUUUGCUGCGAAGAACGGAGACGCAGAAAUCGUAGCCGCUCUGUGUGAGUGUGAUACGGCCGUGGUGGAUAGCUGGAACGUGAAUGCAGACACGCCGCUGAUCUGGGCGUGUAUUGAGGGCCGGGCCGAGGCCGUGAAGGUGCUGCUGAAGCACGGAGCAGACGUAAACAUGCUGAAUCAGUACGGUGCAUCGACAUUGCUGUGCGCGGUGAUGAUCGGAGAAGACCCAGAGCAAGAUGAGGAGAGUGAUAAAGGACGAGCAGAGAUCGUGGCCAUGUUGCUGGAGAAGAACGGGAAGCUCGUGAACUUCCAGGACCGAGAGGGCAGCACAGCGAUGCACUUGGCAACGUCGUGCGGCUACUUGGAGUGUGUGAAGACGCUGAUGGCAUAUGGAGCAGAUAUAACGCUACGGAAUGCGAUUGGACAGACUCCGCUUGAAGAAGCUCAGGACUCGGAGCUGCGUGAGAGCGGCCCGUGUGUGGAGCACCUACGUGGAAUCUGGCGGCAGCUGGAAGAGGAAGCCGCGGCGCGUAUGAUGGCAAUGUUGGAAAUGGAGGAAGAGGCAGACAAGAAUGCUACUGGUGCGUCGGGAACAGGUACAACGUCAAGCAGCAAGAAGAGCAAGAAGAAAAACAAAAAGGCAAAGCGCAAGGCAGCUAAGCAACAACAGCAACAGGAGGCUGAAUUGGAUGUUAAUCUCAUCAGAAGUAAGUCUACGAAGCAGGAAGAAAGUCUGUCUACAGAGCGUGAACCUGUGAUUGAAGAACCUUCCGCUGAACCCGAUCGGGAGGCCACAGUUGAAGAUACAGCACCGGAUGCGAAAUCUACUCAAGGUAUCGACGCGACGGCGUCUGCUGGUGCGUGGACUACCGUCGGCAAGAAGCACCGCUCUCCUGUAGGUGCAAUCACCAACGGUUCAGUGAAAGCUUCCGGUACCUCGCAGAAAGAUACGACUCUUUCAACUCCCACUCAACGAAAGUCCACGACGUCUUCUCCUAAAAGCACCCCGCAUACUUCUCGCCCGAAACUCAACCAAAGAUCAAGUAACUAUCUCAAUUCUACUGGUAGAAUAAAUGCGACGUCAACGACGACAGCUUCGUCUUCCAACGUUGCACGCACGUGGACCAGGCCUCAAGAGGAGCGAUGGAAAAGGUCUAGUAACUUCAGUACGCCACGGUCAAUCGCGUCGUCGUCACUGUUGAACCCCAACGCACUGGCCUUCCGAUCUGUGGGACUGGCAACUGGAUCAAGUAAUACGUCAAGAGAGUCGUCCGUCUCGACUACUUCGAGUGGGCUUUCGUUUUCGUCUACGUCGCCAUGGCGGCCAAGCUUUGAUUCACCGCCAGUAAUGGCGCCGAAUACCGUAGCUGCUUCAUCGUUAUCGUCCUCUGGUGUACAUUACGGACGUCUAACAUGGAAACAACAACGUACGAAUGGCAACCACCAAGUGGCACGUGAAGCUCGCGAGCGAUGGGUAAGCAAGCUGCGACUCGGAAACGAAAAUGUGGCCGAGACGCUGGGGUAUUUGGCGUGCGGUCUCUGCGGCGAGCUUGUGAAUGACAAUCUACAAUGCAGCGCUGGUGCGUCUGGUGAGAAAGCCUCAGCGUGCACACAACUGUACUGUGCUUCGUGUCUGGAAUCUUCGGCGUUCCGGACGGCUGACUCGACCGUGUUUAAGUGCGUUCGAUGCCAUGAAGUGGUUGCGAAGGAGUCUAUGAGCCGGAACAGCCUUGCUCAGGCCCAAGCGGCGUCGUUGGGGCUCUCCAUGUCAAGCUCGACCAAUGCCGGUGCCCAUGACGCUGAUUAUUCCUUGGAAGACAUGCAGCAUUUCCUGGAGGUCUCGGAACCUCGAGCCUCCGCUGUGGAUCUGCGUGCCUUCCACUUAGUUCCUGGAGUGGAUCUCAGUACACUGAGCAAUGGCCAGCUCCACGUGCUGGAAAGCGCUCACCAACGUGCUCUAGCACAGAUUAUGGAGCAGCGUCUGGCUGAUGCACGAAUUCUUGAGCGUUUGCGAAUGGAAGAGUGGCUAAAGAUGCAGCGAGAUGUGCUGCAGUUUGCCCCGCGAUGA